CCUGGCGGCUGCGCAAACGGAAACGCGGGUGAUCAUGUGACUUCGGCAUGGCGGUGUUUGCAGACUUGGAUCUGCGAGCGGGUUCGGACCUGAAGGCUCUGCGCCGGCUGGUGGAAAACGCGGCUCACGUGGGCUAUUCAGUUGUUGCUGUCAAUCAUGUUGUUGAAUUUAAGGAGAAGAAACAGGAGAUUGAAAAACCAUUAGCUGUUUCUGAGCUCUUUACAACUUUGCCAAUUGUACAGGGAAAAUCAAGGCCUAUUAAAAUUUUAACUAGACUGACGAUUAUCGUUUCGGAUCCAUCUCACUGCAAUGUUUUGAGAGCAACAUCUUCAAAAGUCCGGCUAUAUGACAUUGUUGCAGUUUUUCCAAAAACAGAAAAACUUUUCCAUGUUGCUUGUACACAUUUAGAUGUGGAUUUAGUCUGCAUAACUGUAACAGAGAAACUACCAUUUUACUUCAAAAGACCCCCAAUUAAUGUGGCAAUUGACCGAGGUGUGGGCUUUGAACUUGUCUACAGCCCCGCAAUCAAAGAUUCCACAAUGAGAAGGUACACAAUUUCCAAUGCCCUCAAUUUGAUGCCCAUCUGCAAAGGAAAGAAUGUAAUUAUAUCUAGUGCUGCAGAAAGGCCUUUAGAAAUAAGAGGCCCAUACGAUGUGGCAAACUUAGGGUUGCUCUUCGGGCUGUCUGAAAACGAUGCCAAGGCUGCAGUGUCUACCAACUGCCGAGCAGUGCUUCUCCACGGAGGUGAGCCAGCUCUUCCAGGAGAAACGUCGAGUGGUCAUGUUAGGAGCCAAUCAUUUUCGUCAAGACAAAACCAGGAAGACUGCUUUUGGAAUUAUUUCCACAGUGAAGAAACCUAGGCCAUCAGAAGCAGAUGAUGAUUCUCUUCCAGCCUGCAAGAAGGCCAAGUGCGAGGGCUGAGAAGAAACCCGCGUCUGGUCCGCACCCCCUUACUCCUUUUGGUAGUCCAUUAGCCACAACAGAAAUAAAACCUUUGUAUAAUUUACUAUUUUCACUUGGAGCUAGAAAACAGGAACCUGUAAAAAUGAUUUUAUAUUCAGUCUAUUAAAAUAACAAACAAAACCUAGUAAAGCGUUAAAAAUAAAAAACCUGCCAGCUGAAUGAAUGUAGUUAUAUUAUAAGAGAAAAGAAGAAACUAGUUUAUUUGCUUUUGUGUUGAGUGAUGCAAUGGCAGGUAUGAUUGAAUGAGAUGUUUCAGUAUUUCAAGAGACUCUUUAAAAAUGUUUCCUGUUCAUUUAAAAACUCAUGCUUUUCUGCUUUACUUGACAUCAUGGCUCAUUACUUUUCAAUCUUACUACUUGAGUGAUUAUGUUGAGGACUAUUGAAACUUAAAUUAAGGGGUUGGCUUUUAGUUGAUCUAAUCUUAUUUUAAACCUCUCUGAUUAUAUUCAUCAAAUCAAAAUUCUGUGUAAAAGGAGUUGCUAUAAAAUUUGUGGAAGGAGAGGGAAAGUGGGUAUAAAAUCACACUUAGCUUCUUCCUUUGCUUGUUCUUACCUCGUGAUAUCCUUGAACUAGGAUUCCCUCCUUUAAGUUGGAAGCCCCUGAAAAUCUAAUAUUGAUUUUCCUAAUAGUUAUAUGAAAAAUACCAAAGCAUUGGACUCAACCAACUUUGGAAAUAAUUUCUUUAGUAGCGGGAUCAUUAUAUUAAGUAAAAGUAACCUUUUUUGCACAUAUCCGCAUUUAUGCUUUAUUGAUAUAAAGAAGAUUGUUGAAAUGAGAAAAAGAACACUGUUCUGAGAGUCAGAGAAAAGACAGAGAAAGCUUCACAUGAAGCUCACUUAUGAAUAUAGAUGUUUAAAUAAAAUCUUGUAAGAAACCAUUUAAACAGUAUACCAUGAUCAGGUGAGAAUUAUCUAGGAAUGUAAGGGUAUUUCAGUUCUUUUUAAUAUACUAUACUUUAUCAUAGUAAUAGGUCAAAUGAGAAAAAUCAGAAUAAUCAUAGUAGAUGCCAACAAGACAUCUGAUAAAAUUUAAAAUCCACUCCUGAUUUUAAAUAAACAGUAAAAACCCUUGGCAAAAUACAAGGAGAAUAAUUCACAUGUGCACACAUAUAUAUUUAUAUCUUUUUUUUAUAUAUCUAUUAAGCAUGAUGGUUCUGAAAAUAAACACUUCUGACUGACUUCCACUUGAACCAUCUUAUGGAUUAGUCUGGGCCAUUCCCUCUGGAAUACCAAUGGCCACUGCCGCUGGACCCACUGACACUCCUUGCAUGUCACUUGGCUUCUGCCUUCACCCCACUUGGGCUCACCAAAAGUUAGGUGUGUGUUUAUUCACAAGUCAUUUAUGCCAUUGAAUUUAGCAUUGGGCAAGUAUGUAAGUUAAUUAUAAAUUAUGAAAACUGGUAAACUACUACAAGCAAAAAAAAUAAUUCCCAGGGAAAAAGGUUUGAAAAAGAGUCAUGAAAAAGAACUGUCAGAAUCAGUGUGAGCAGGACAACCAAGAUAUGGGGGAGAUCCAGUAAAAAACUGGCACUUGGAUGGCUUCACUAGAGUCUGAAAUUCUCUUCUUUAGACUGAAGCUCAAGAAGGACAACUGUAGCCCUCUACUCAGUGCACCCAUACUCCGAAGGACAGGCUUUGGCGUUUCUUUAAAAGACUGGCACAAAUGUACAUUUAUAUAUUUUAAACUCAAAAUGUUUAAGGGAUAUUUUUUUGAUACCCCACCUUAAUCUACUUUUUCAACCAACUGACUAUCUAUUAGCUUAAUUGCACCAGAUAAAAUACUGUGGACUUUCAUGUUAUAUUGGAAGAAAGGUCGUUAUUGCAAAUGUGACUGCAAAAAGAGAAGCAACCAGGAAGGUAAGAAAUAGAUGUAUUUCUUAGUUUACAUGCACUUGUGUUUUUGCGUUUGUGCCUACUUUCUGUUUAUGAAUAGGUGCUUAUCUGUUGUUCAGAAUAGGAGGGCCUGAUGGCUGGCUGGUCACCCUUGAAUAGCAGCAAGCGGGUUUCCUUCUAAUGUUUACUGUAGAUGGAACGUGAACCACUCCUGAUUUAGUUGCCACAAGAUGACAAUACCUUUAAUAAAAAUUCAGCAAGGUGGUCAGUUAUAAAAUAAAUACACAAAAGCCAGUAGUUUUAACAGUAACUCAUAAAAUGUUAUAUUAAAAGAUGACUCUCUUCACAAAGACAUAAAUUACCAAGAAAUAUGUAGGACCUUCAUCAUGAAGAAAACGCUUAAAACAAUAAGGGAAAUUAAAGAACACUGAAAUAUGUGGAGGAAGACAUUCAAUUUUUUUGGAUGAGGAGACUGUACAUCAAAUUCUCCCCCAAAUUAAUCUACAAAUUUAAUGAAAUCUAAAAAUAUGUAUUUUUUGCUUAUGAAAUAAAAAAAUAUGUAUUUUUUGCUUA